UCCCCUCCGUGUCAUCCUGGAGCGAGUGUCUGAGCUGGAGCGCUGGCUGCACACGGCUCACUACAGCCUGGGAACCGCCGGGGCUGAUGGGAAAUACAUGGAGGCUCUGGAGAAGCACCUGCUCACCUGUCAGGAAAUGCUCUUGGAGAUCGAGCAGAAAGUUGGCCUCCUGUCCCGCCGCGACUCUGAACCUGGGUCAAAACUUCUCCUGCUCGACAGCCGGUCAAAUGCAGCCAUCCUCCCCUGUUUCCCCCAAGAAGACAAUGGUUUAACCCAAUCCCAUCAAGAAACAUCAGAGAGUCACCCCCAGCAGGACCAUGACCCGCCCCUGCCCUCCCCUCAGAACGGUCCUGUUCGGUCUGGCCACGAGGACGCUGAUGUUCUGCUCCGGAGACUGGACCUGCUAAAGUCCAGUCUAGUCUCGUUCCAAAGAUUUCUCCAGGAGCGUCAUGAAGACCACAGUCCCACACAGAGAGUAGAGCGCCCUCUGCAGAGGAAACUCAGGCGCAGCAGCAGUGUCCAGGAGAUCCUCUCGUCUCCAAGAAACAAACUACUGAGACAGAGCAGCCUGCAGCAGCAGAAGGAGUUGGAGCAGGAGCUGGAAGAGCAGAGAGGACUGACCCAGGCUCUGUCCAGACACAGCAGCAGAACCAGCCUGCAGGAGCCCCAGGACACACCGGAGAACAGGCCCCAUCUGGCCGACGCCUCCCCAGACUCGGGCCUCCUAAAGUGGGAUAGACUCCACGCCGCGCUGCAUUCUCUGGAGCUCACCCUCCAGCUGCCCCCCUCCCAGGUGGCAGACACUUCCAUAAGGAGCGGUGAUGGAGCAGCGGGGAGUGUGAUUGGAGAACAAGCCCAAAAAGAGCUCCAAAAUCUGGUCAAACUCACGAGAGCGCUGGGGAAGAGCGGCGCGGAGAGUGGCCAGGAUGUCAGCGCACAAACCGUGGACGAGGGUGCGUUUCAUUUGCUGAGCAGUGCGUCCCUGUCUCUGUCUGCUCUCUCCGGUCUGUUCCUGUCGCCUGUCUGUGUUUAUACCGAAGACGAGGGAAAACAAGCGCUUCUUCGACUACAGGGUGUGUCUUCGGAGCUGGAUUCUCUGAGCAGAGCGCUGGAGUGCGAGGGGUCAAAGUUCACAUGUUUCUUGGGGUCACGCAGAGGUCAUGAGUGUCUGCAGACUUUGGUUAGGAUCCUCCCUGUGAUUCAAACAGGUCUGACCCAGAGAGAAGGAGCAGUGAAGAAACGACUGGAGGAGACGGCCACAGCGCAGAAUCGUCUGAAAGCGUUGCAUUCUGCCUUCACUUCUAACCAAAACACUGUUCACCAAAUAACACACGGAGCAGACCCGCCCGGCCUCACUCACACUCUGCAGGUCCAGUCCUCUCUGAAGCUCCAGUCUGACGAGCUCAAGUCUCUGCUGCAGAACCAGACUCUGCCUCAGUCCGUGCUCCACCGGGCCGUACAGCUGCAGGAGGAGCUGGACAGUGCAUUGCUCGGAGUCUCCUCUCAUUUCGUGGACCUGAAGAGCAGCUCAGAUCUUCAGCAGAUGUUUGACCAGCUACUUCUCAGCCUCAGAGAACUUUUGUCUGCCGGAUCUGAGAGAGUCCACCUUCUCCAGAGCGGAAACAUCUCACUGCAGAGCAAAGAGCAGCUUCAGGAACACAUCAAAAGCAAUACGAAAUUCUUCCAGUUCCUACACCAACAUUUUAAGACCCUGCAGCUCCUGUCGAAAAGAUUCCUCGAAAACUCCCAACAAACUGUGGAAAACCUGAAGGAGGAGGUCGUCCAGCUUCAGGAGAAAGGACUGGAGAUCGGGACCAAGAUGGAGCUCACACUGCAGUUGUGGACUGAGUGGGAGCAGGACUGUGAUUGGAUGGACUCCCUGCUGAGGAACACCGAGACUUCAUUUCCCAUCAUGCCUCAGGAGUGGGACUCAGACGAGCACGUAGCAAACUACCUCUCCAUCUGCCAGGACGUACUGAGUGUUUUGGGUGAAAACUCGUCUCGUGUGUCUCGUCUGUUGAAGUCGGGCUCAGAGCUGCAGAUCUCUGGAUGUGGAGGAGUGGCUUCUAUCUGCAGGAAAAUGAACUUGAGAUGGAAAAAUCUGACACAAAGAGCAGACCAUGAACUCAACACGGUGCUCAAAAUCAGUAAACUCAGGAGCAGGUUUUUGCGUGACUCUGCUGCACUUUGUGAAUGGAUGGGCGGAGCUAGAGACAUGAUUGACAAGAGGCGAGUCCUAUCGGCCAAUGAGGACGAAGAUACAUGUGCCAGAAAAGCACAUUUUCUACAGAUGAUGGAUUUGUCCAAAGAGCUUGAGUCCAGAGCAGGUCUUAAGGCCGCAGUGAAGACCUCAGGAUGCCAGAUGCUCCGGAUCCAAAACUCAGAUCUAGACCAGAACUUGGACCAGGACUUGGACAAAGACCAGGACAGAGAGAAAGAUCCAGAUGUAAACUCGGUCUGGUCCAGAGUCAGACAGAUAGAGCUGCAGUGGUCCAGUGUGAGGGCGCAGCUGCCUGAUCUACUGCAAGUACUGCAUAAGCGCUGGUUUCAGACGUUGACCCAGCAGGGGGCGCUGCAGGAGCUUCAGUCCUGGCUCAAUGCUGCAGAAUCUAAACUGAAUGAACAAAGUAACAUCCACCAAACAAAUCCUGAUCCAGACGUCCUUCUGAGAAUCUGCAAGGAUCUCCAGACAGAGAUGGCGGCUCAUCGGGCCACUGUGGACUUGAUAAACCAGCCCCUGCAGAAAUGCAGUACCACAGAGGACCACGGGGGGCGCUGUGAGAGGAAUCAGUUUUCAGAAGAACAGGGUCGACUCAACCAUCGCUGGCUCAGUCUGCAGCACAGGCUCAUGUCCCAGGUGAGUUCUGUGGAGCAGGAGCAGAGGAUGAGGACGGAGGCAGAGUCCUGUUUACAGAAGCUGCACAGCUGGAUCCAGGAGCAGAACAUCUGGAUGGACUCGACCCAAAGACCUUCCAGCGUGGAGCAGAUACAGAGGAGCCUCACACUCACUCAGGAGCUGGAGCAGAAGAUCCAGCUACAGUCUGAGGUACUCGAGGAAAUAAAGAAGAAAUUUCAAAAUAAAACGGGAACCAGCGUCUGUGAAAUCAUCUCUCGGGUUGAAAAGACUUCUCUGGACUGUGACUCCCUCAAACUGAAGAAAGAGUCGUUGCGACGCCAGCUACUUGAAGCAAAGAAUCAGUGGGACUCGUUUGAUGAACAGCUGAAUCUGUUAAAGACCAAAACAGUGAAGAUUUCUCUGAGUCUGGAGUUAAACAGUGGACCAGACCUGAGUCCACAGGCAAUGAAACAACUCUGGCACAGACUACAGCUUGUCCAUGAGGAGUUGGAGAGCUCAGAGUCCGACUGGGACAAACUUCUUCAGACCGAAGUCUCGGUGAAGAACCUGCUCCAUGAGUCUGCUGCUGCUCUCAUCACCAUGGAGACCACAGGACUCAGACACAGGUGGUCCACAGUUUCAGACUCUUUGAAUAAGAUGCUACAGAAAAGCCAGAGCGCCCUCUCUGUUUGGGAGGAGCACCAUCGACUCGCAGAUUCAUUUUCUCAGAGACUGAAGUUUCUGCAAACCGAAGCAUCGUCUGUGAUCAACGCAACGCGAGCGGACAACACAGAGGAGCAGUUUACUAUGAGAAUACAACAUAUACAGGAUUUGUUGUCCAGAGUUGACAGUUUGCAGAGCGACCUACAGGAGCUGCUCGACGCCUCUAAACACCUGACCUCUCAGCUGGACACGCCCUCCUCUGCUCUCGUCCAAUCAGAGACCAGGAGGUUGUCACGUGGUGUUCUGCAGUUGAACCGGGGUUUAAAACUGAAACUAGAAACACUGCAGGAGGAGUUUCAGACUUUGGUGCAGUUCUCGGCGUUACUGUCAGAGCUGGAGACGGACGUGCAGCGGUGGGACAGGAGGCCUCCAGCGCCGACGGGGGGUGGUGAUAAGGAGGCCAGUGCGCCCUCCUCAGACCUGGACAUUAGGGGGCGCUCCUCAGACGUGGACCUCCUGAAUGAGCUGAGUCUGGGGGUGUCUCUCAGUGACGCAGAGGCCAAUCGCCUCCUGCGUCUGAACCAGAGCUGGAGCAGAGCCUGCAGCCGCCAGCAGGAGGAGCACAGUGCGAUGCAGACGGGGGCGCUGAGGGGGCAGAGCUUUGAGCAGAGAUGUGAGAGCUGGAUGUGUUUCCUGCAGAAGAUGGAGGACAGUCUGGCUGUGGAUGUGGCCGGGUCGUACCAGGGGCUGAGGCAGCAGCUCUGCACUCACAAGAGGUUCCAGGCUGAGCUCUCUGUGGGACACCAGAUCCUCCACUCUGUGAUCUCUGAGGCUCUGCACCUGCUGCACCGAGGAGAGGUCGACCACAGAGACGACUUCCUGCUGAAACUUGCAGCUCUGCGUCAGCACUGGCAGGGGGCGCUGCAGCGCGCAGAUCAGCGUCGCGCUCUGAUCGAAGGGCUGGUCCGACACUGGCACCUGUACCACCGCACCACCCGAAAACUGCGCCACUUCCUGUCCCAAACCCGCACUCUGCUGCCCCCCGCUGGACUGUCCCACUGCAGCCUCCAGGAGCUGCGCCGCUCUCUGCACCUCCUACAGCACUUGGAGGUGAAGUUUGAACAGUACCAGAGCAGUUUCCUCCACACUCUGGAGGUGGGCCGACAGCUCUUCUCCAUGGGGGACCAGGACACCCAGGCUCAGCUGCAGGUGGAGCUGGGGACGCUGCAGCACGAGUGGGACAAUCUGCACGCUCUGCUGGGCAAAAGGAUGGACCUCACUGGAGACAUUAUCAAGAACUGGGAGCGCUGUGAAACCGGACUGGCCAAUAGCGCGCUGCGAGUGAAGGACGUCAAAACCAGGCUCAACCAAUCACUGCCCGAGUGUGACGAGGACAAUCUGCAGAGAGAGCAGCGCUGCGUCAAGGAGGCCGAGGACCUGAUGGAGGACUGGGCCGGGUGCCUGUCCGAUCUGAAGACCAUGAAGACGGACCUGUCCCAGUUUAUUAUGGCAGAGGAUGAGCUGCUGCUACAGGAGCAAGUGGAGUUUCUGCACCUCCAGUGGGACGAGCUCUGUGUCAAGGUGUCCCAUCGUAAACAGGAGAUCGCCGACCGUCUGAACGCUUGGAUCAUUUUUAAGGAGAAGAACAGGGAGCUGUGUGAGUGGCUGACUCAGAUGGAGAACAAAGUGGCUCACAGCUCGGACCUGAACAUCGAGGAGAUGGUGGAGAAGCUCAAGAAGGACUGUAUGGAGGAGAUAAACCUGUUCAGUGAGAAUAAAACUCAUCUGAAGAAACUCGGGGAGCAGCUGAUUUCGGCCAGUAACAAAACCAAAGAGGCCGAGGUCAAUGAGAAACUGAAGGACGUCAACGACCGAUGGCAACACCUGUUUGAUCAUAUACAGGCCAGGGUGUGUAAACUCAAGGAGACUCUGGUCACUGUGCAGCAGCUCGACAAGAACAUGAGCAACCUGAAGACAUGGCUCUCACGCAUAGAGACCGAACUGUCCAAACCUGUGGUCUACAACGUCUGUCACAGCGAGGAGAUCCAGAGGAGACUCAAAGAACAACAGGACCUUCAGCGUGACAUAGACCAGCACACAGACAGCGUGGCCUCCGUCUUGACUCUGUGUGAUGUUUUGCUUCACGACUCGGACGCCUGCUCCAGUGACGCUGAGAGCGACUCCUUCCAGCAGACCACGUCCAGCCUGGACCAGCGAUGGAGGAACAUAUGCGCCAUGUCUAUGGAGAGGAGGAUGAGGAUUGAGGAGACGUCAAGACUGUGGUGUAAAUUUUUGGAUGAUUAUUCUCGGUUCGAGGACUGGCUCAAAUCUGCAGAACUCACCGCAGCAAACCCCGAGUCUGAGAACGUCCUGUACACCUGCGCCAAGGAGGAGCUCAAGAAGUUUGAGGCGUUUCAGAGGCAGGUGCACGAGCGGUUGACCCAGUUGGAGCUGGUGAAUAAACAGUACCGGCGUUUGGCCCGGGAGCAGCGCACGGACGCCGCCUGCAGGCUGAAGCUGAUGGUGCAGGAGGGAAACCAGCGGUGGGACAGACUGCAGAAAAGAGUCUAUGCCAUCAUCAGGAGGUUAAAGCACUUUACGUCUCAGAGGGAGGAGUUCGAGGGCACGCGGGAGGGCAUUUUGGUUUGGCUCACGGAGAUGGACCUGCAGUUGACCAACGUGGAGCACUUUUCCGAGAGCGACGUGCAAGACAAGAUGAGACAGCUCAACGUGUUCCAGCAGGAGAUCAUGCUGAACACUAAUGCCAUCGACGCCCUGAUCGUGUUUGGAGAGACUCUGAUCCAGAAGAGCUCUCCUGAGGAUGCGGCGCUGAUGGAGGAGGAGCUGGAGGAGAUGCACUCGUACUGUCAGGAGGUCUUUGGGAGAGUGGCCCGGUUCCACCACAGGCUCGUGCACAGGAGGCCGAUCUUGGACGACUUCUCUGACUCAGACUUGGACAGCGCUCCAGACCUGAGCCGUGGACUGUCCUGGACCGAGACGAAGAGGAAGAGGAGGAGAAAGAGAGCGGAGGGGGCGGGCUCGCACCUGGAGGGGGCGGAGCCUCAGUGUCACCUCUUAGCUCCGCCCCUGGAGCGUUCCGGGCGGGAGACUCCGGUCAGCGUGGACUCGAUCCCUCUGGAGUGGGAUCACACUGUGGACGUGGGCGGAUCCUCUUCCCACGAGGAUGAUGAUGACGCCACCUUCUUCAGCGCUCUGUCAGAUAUCCAGGUGACGGAGAGCUCUGAGUCGUUUUACAGAGCCACAGUGAGGGCAGUGAACGCAGCACAGGUGAAAUCCAUAAACGAGCGACCGAGCUGGCUCCAGGACGAGUCUCUGAAACGUCAAAUGCUCCAAUGCCUGAACCCGUCUCACUGCGACAGCGCCCCCUAUCAGCAACAACACGGAUAUGUGAAGCUGAUGUCUGAAUGCAGCGGCAACAUCGACCGAGUGAACCAGGUCAAACUGAUCCUGAACGACGAAGAGGAGCUCAGUGACAGCGGACUCACUCACAGCAGCACGGACGGGCACUAUAACACAGGAGUGAUCGAGCGCUGGGAGCUGCUUCAGGCCCAGUCACAUCGCGCGGACGUCUCGCCGGAUCCGCAGCAGUGGCACAAGCUGACCUCUGACCUCUGUGAUGUCACGUCCUGGUUGGGCAGAGCGUUACCGGAGCUGGACCAACUGCAGCAGCUCUGCCCCUGCUCCAGCCUCAAAGACCUGCAGGACAACAUCUGUAAACUCAAGGAGACGCAGAGGCUGUUUUGCAGUUAUAAAUGCCUCAUGAUCUCAGUGAACCUGGGCGUUCGACAGCUCCUCCACGCCUCCUCCUCUGACCCCCAGAACCUCCAGGAGAUCCAGGAGGCGGUGGACUCGGCCAACCACAGCUGGACCCAGGCCUGCUCCUCUCUGCAGGGCUGGGAGCUCCGACUGCACCAGGGUCUCUGCAAGUGCCAGGAGCUCCACGAGUCCCUCCACUCUCUGCUGCUGUGGCUGUCUCAGUGUGAGGGCAGACUGUACUCAGUGAACCUCAGAGACCAGAGUGUGUCCAGAGAGCUGCUCCUACGGCACAGGGACACGCUCCAGUCUCUUCAGGAGGACCUACGUAGCCGUGAGGGACAGGUCUCCUCUCUGCAGACUCUGUCCUGUGAGCUCUUGGUGGAUCUCAGCUCUGAGGAGGGGUUAGAGGCCAGAGAGAAGGUCCACGUGAUCCACAACAAACUCACACUUUUGCUGAGACAAGUGCAGAAUGACACCAACACACUCAACGCUCGACUGGAGAGGUCCAGUUUGUUGGACUCAGACAGCACUGAACCACUGUCCCACUCCACUCCUGUCAGCACACACAAGGAAGGGCCCAGACUCCGAGCUGCAGAGGAACAACCAGCCACCAGGAGGGCCCAGCACAGAGACGCCUCCUCCCCACAUCGGCCCUUCCUCCGGCGGGUGCUCCGGGCGGCCUUCCCCCUCCACCUGCUUCUCCUCCUUGUCCUGGUCCUGGCCUGUUUAGUCCCACUGUCAGAGGACCAAUACAACAACUGUGCUCUGUCCAAUAACUUCGCCCGCUCCUUCUACCCCAUGCUACGCUACACCAACGGACCCCCACCCACGUGAUCUACAGCCAAGUGACCCCCACCCACAUGAGGACGGCACCUAAGGGACCCCCAACUGCAUAAUCUACACCAAACACACACUUUUCGAGAGCAAAAAGACCCCCAUCAUCCUACAGACUUCCACUGAAAUAAAGACAGCACCUAAAGGACACCCCCACCCGUGUAAAGACAGCACCCCUCAGACGCCACAAACAUAUGAAACCAGCACCCAAGGGACUCCCGAAGGACACCCACCCAAAUAAUUUAAAGUAAACCUUAAGGACCAUCGCCCAACUGAUCCCCACCCAUGUAAGGACAGCACCCAAGGGACCCCCACCCACGGAAAUACAGACGAUAGGGAUGUAACAAUAACCGAAAGAUAUUGUAUUGCCAAAAGUAUCACAACAAUAUAUCGAAUUACGUGUUCCUCUUGGAUGCAGUUAAAAAAAACCCAAAAAAACCCAAAAAACACAUAGGGAACUAUAUAGACCAUGAUCCUUUGCUCCACUUCAGAGCAGACUAAAUGUUAUUAAGCACUUUUAAAUCUUGAUUUUGUGGAUUUUGGCUGUAAUUAUAACACCAAAGAUUCUAUUCUGUUAGCUUCUCUCAAAUAUAGUGAUACGUAUCGUGGCAUUUGGACACUGUUACAUCCCUGACAAACACUAGCCUAUAUUUACACGUGUACGCUAGGUCUGAUCCACAGCAAAAGACGAAAUUAAAUCUGUCGACCGAAAAACAGGCCUUCAAUAGAUCUAAGAGAGCGAAGAAAAAGGACAACAGGGAAUCUGAGCCUAAAGGAAAGGUGUAGCUUCAGAGAAUUUUCAGACAGUGUGAGAUUCCAGUCACUACACUUUAAGACAAAAACUGCUUCACCCAAAGGACAAAACCCUGAGACAUAAACAAAGUAAUGUGGUCUACUCCAUUCAGUGCAGUGAAGAGUGCAGUGAGCGUUACAUUGGAGAAACUAAACAGCAGCUCCAUAAAAGAAUGAACCAACACCGUCGAGAGAGCAGCUCAGGACCCCAGUCUGCUGUGCAUCUCCAUCUCAAAGACACUGACCACUCCUUUGGAAAUAGUGAGGUUCAGAUCUUAACCAGAGAAAAGAAAUGGUUUGAGAAGGGAGUUUUGGGUCUAUCCUCAGAUCCAAAACAAAGAGAACAAUCGCAGGGUCGUUUAAGGCUGAAUAGGUUUGUUUAAGAUGAAACUGGAGACAAUAGAUGUUUACAGUUUCGGUGCAGUUAGCUCCUCCCUUCAGACAGAUAUAAGGCCGUGUCCAGCAGUGAUCUGACCAGAACUGAAGAAGCGGCUUAGACGAGCAGCGAAACGUCCUCACUCCUACAACGAUUUGUCCAGUUGACACAUUUAAUUUCGUCUUUUGCUAAAUGGCCCAUAUAGUCACUGCAGCAUUUUAGGCCAAAGUAAGAAAGUUUUCCUCUAUUUGAAAUAUUUUUGCACUUAAACAUUUUGACAUUACAAGGAGGAAAAGCUUCAAAAGAUCAAGAAGAAGUUAAUCGUAUUUGAAACUUAAAACUGAACAGCUGCUUCAGUUUGACUCUUGAAGACAUUCAGUCAUAAACCAUCAACUUAUUACCAAAUUUUACAUUUUAAUUUGUAAUAAGAAUCCUAACUAUUAUGUAUUUGGUUCAUAAGUUGCACUAAAGGUUAUCCAAAGUUUUAUCUUUUUAUUAUUAUUUAUUAUUUCUCUAUUUUUAGGCAAUUUGGAUUUGAAACCUGACUAUCCUUAAGGUGGACAAACACAUUUCCUUUCAAAAUAAAAGCCCCUAGCAUAUUUUACCCAUACUAAAUUAACCCUGUAUUUACAAUUGUAUUUAUUUAUUUUAUUUUGAAAGAUGUUCAAAACUCAAGCCAUAUCAUCCAUUGUCAUAACGUCCUCACACAAGUAGUACUUUAGUUUUGAGAUUGUAAUUUUUGGACCUGAAUAUCUCAAAAAACCAAAGUGUCCAAGCCAUUUUCUACACUGCAGCUAUUUUUCAUAAAGGGAGCAGAUAUUUUAUGUGUAGCAUAUGUUGUACAGAGCUGAAAACGUGUUCUUUUUGUUGAAUUUUAGAGAUAUUUAUGAUAAAGUACGCUAUCUUUUCAGAAUCACGGAGUUUGGACUUUUUUGCUAGUUUAGUAAAAGUAAAUUAUCUUGAAAUUUCUGUAAAAAUGUGUGAAAAUGUAAAGGGACAGUGCCACAAAGUGAAUGUCUACAUUCUGCUGAUUUCUGAACUAUUUAUCGACUUGUUUUCGUUUUGAGUUAAAAGUCGAAAUGUCUAAAAACCAACGUGUGUGCGCUCGUUUUCUAUUACUUCACAGUUUAGUCCAACCCACGACCUCCUGGUGAGAGGGAGGAGACAGGAUAACCACUC